UCUCAGCAUCGUUGACGCAUCGCUUUGCUUAACGUGAUGCGUGAAAAUGUCGCUUAAAUCCGCGAAAGCAGAGUGUUUGGAUUUCAGUCCAACAUUUGAUUCGCACAGAAGUCGAGAUAAAGCCGGAAAGGAAAACAAUAAUUCAAUUCCUGUACUGAGUUUGGUUCAGUUUUCGAGGUCUCCGUUCGUGUCGUUUGGGACGAUCAAGUUAGGAUCGUCUAAAUCUCAGCUGUUACGAAUUGAAAAUCCUACCGAAGAUGUGCCGACGACAGUCAUAGUGGAUAAAAUAUCAGCAACUAAAGGCUUUUCGGUCGAUCGGACGUCUUUUACAAUACAGCCUGAAGAUAGCAUUAUCAUAAAUGUCACAUGGACACCAGUGGAAGAAGGUGGAGUUCGAGAGCUCCUCUCAUUUGUUGCAAAUGGUAUUGUCAAACAUCAGGCCAUACUGCUUGGAAAAGCAGAGACAACAAAAAAGAAAAAGAAAACAUUGUGGGAUUCCAUUAAAUCCAAGAGGGGGGUCCCAGCACCCUCAAAAGAAAAGAAAUUGCCUUCAGUGUCUAUAAAAGCAUCAAAUAAGACCUUUCACGUGUCUCGGCAGUCACAAUACAACAAGGAAAGAACAUCAAACCCUCUGUCGCCAUUAAACCAGGAUAGGUUUGUCAAUGGGUCUAGUGUUGUGAGAGGAAACGCGCAAUCCUCCCCUCCAUGCAUAUCAAAGCCAGCGUUUGUAACGGAGGUGUUUGAUGAUGUCCACUUGGAAAAGAACUCGCCAGUCGUGGUUUUAAUACCAGCAGACAGAUUCGUCGACACACCUGAUAAAAAGGAUGCACCCUGUUUACGUAAAGCAGAGUGCAGAGUAGUCAUGAGGGUUUUGGAUAAAACACUAUCUCCUGUUAGUUCCUCAGAAAGGUUUAGAAAUCCACUGUCGUCGUGCUUUCAAAGUCCACUUCCUGUGAUUGGAAAACUGGAUGACGGUCAAGAACAGGAUAUGCUAUCGUUGUCUGUAAAACAUGCUUUGGAUGUUAUAGGAUCCGAUCUAUCGCGUGCCGUGAGUCCUCCAAACGCUUGCUCGAGCUAUGAUUUUUCGGACUCGCUUGAGUCUGUAAAGCAAGAUCGCGAUGGGACGUUCAUAGCAACUGUGGACAUUUCCCCACCACCUGAAGAUCCCCACCCCAGGCUGACCUACUGUGUGAAACCCAACAAUACCAUUGGUGUUGAAUCAAAUCACGAUGAGGUCCGACUCAAGAUGUUUCCGUUUAGCACGGACACGGUGACCAAGUUGAAUAAAGUGAAUGACACCCUGAAUCCUGAGGUUUUAGGGUCCAAGGUUCCUGUUUUUUCUACCACAGUGACCAAAAGCAAAGCUGAGUCCUCGGUUGAGAGUCCGGGCAUCCGUAAGAAGAAGACUUCCAGGCGCAGGCUUCUCGAAAGGACCCGGGAGCUCUCCGAGCCUAGUGAUGCAGAAUCAAACACAAGUUCUCCCGAGAGCAUCUCGGCUCUACCCAUCAUUAGUUCUGAUUCAAGUCCAGAUGUGGUGAUAUCAGAGAAGACGACUGCAUGUUUGUCUCUUCCAUCUGAACAACCUUUGUCUUGCAUUUCCCCUAUACGUUCCGAGGUUUUGGCAUCCGUGAGUAGUAGUCGGUCAACUAGUCUGGAUAAAGUUCCUAAUGGCGAGCCAUCACGUAUUUCUCCAAAUCUGUUUCCUGUGCAGUCCAGGACAUCUGUGCAAAGUAAAAAGAGAAAAAGUGAUGAGUUUUUGAGAGAUCACCUGGAAGAUGUGUCGAACUUUAACGCAAAAAAGUGCCGUGCCCCAAUGCAUGUACAAGGGGCUAAGAAACCGAGCCAAGAGAAAACGUUUAUUCUGAAGUCCACAUCUGGACAACCGCAACAGAGAAAGCCGACAGCUACCCCAAACUCAAGAAACUUCACAAGACCUCAGCCAAAGAAAUCCAUUACGAAAUCAACCGUAAAUUAUGGCCAGUCGUUGAAGUCUAUUAGCACUUCAACUCGUAAGUCUGCAAAAAUUGUGGCUGUGGCACAAGCCAAACUGACCUUUAUGAACCCAACACAGACAGUCAUUCCAAGGCACCCGCUACCCUUUGCUGCAAAGAACAUGUUUUAUGAUGAACGAUGGAUAGAAAAGCAGGAGAGAGGCUUUAGCUGGUGGAUGAAUUAUGUUCUCACUCCUGACGAUUUCAAAGUUGCUACAGAAGUUACCAAAGUAAAUGCCUUGUCUUUAACGUUGGGUAAUGAGAAAUUCAACAUACCCAAAGCACCAACAAAGGAGGAGAUGUCUUUUAGGACCUACACAGCCCGUCAACGGCUGAAUCGCCUUCGGCGAGCGGCGUGCAGACUUUUCACAUCUGAUGCCAUGGUGAAGGCCAUCCAGAGACUGGAACUGGAAGUAGAAGCAAAGAGACUCCUUGUGCGAAAGGACAGACAUCUCUGGAAAGAUAUCGGUGAGCGUCAGAAAGUUCUUAACUGGCUAUUGUCGUACAAUCCACUGUGGCUGCGAAUUGGAUUUGAGACAAUCUUUGGAGAGCUCAUACCACUGGAAAGCAACAGUGAUGUUGUGGGUCUGGCCAUGUUUAUUCUUGGACGUCUGCUGUGGAACCCAGACAUAGCCGCUGAGUACAGACAUGCUAAAGUUCCCCAUUUGUACAGAGAUGGCCACGAGGAGGCGCUCUCUCGCUUCUCCCUGAAGAAAUUAAUUCUCCUGGUCUGCUUUCUGGAUAAAGCCAAAGAGUCCAGGCUAAUUGAUCAUGAUCCCUGUUUGUUCUGCAUGGAUGCUGAAUUUAAGUCGAGUAAAGAUCUGCUCCUUGCGUUUGCACGAGACUUUCUCAGCGGGGAAGGGAUUUUGUCCCGGCACCUCAGUUACUUGGGCUUAGCAGUGUCCCACGUUCAGACUCCUCUGGACGAGUUCAACUUUGCCGUGAAGAAUCUUGCCGUUGACCUGAGAUGUGGCAUUCGUUUGGUGCGUGUUAUGGAGCUUUUUACUGUUGACUGGACUUUGUCUAGAAAGCUCCGGAUACCCGCCAUCAGCCGACUGCAGAAAGUGCACAAUGUCGACAUUGCACUACAGGUGCUGAAAGACAAAGGUGUUGACCUUCGAGACGAACACGGUGCGACCAUUGACUCAAGAGAUAUUGUGGAUGGACACCGAGAAAAGACCCUUAACCUCCUGUGGAAAAUCAUAUUUGUCUUUCAGGUUGAAGUGAUGCUGGAUGAGGACCAGCUUAAAGAAGAAAUCAGUUUCCUCAGGAAAACCUGGAGAACCAAACAGAAAUUGGCCUCAUUGACCGCUAACAAAGGAGCCGUCGUGAAAAAAAGGAAGACAAGAAAAGCGUUUGAACAUCCCAGUCAGAAAGUAACACUGCUGCUCGACUGGGUCAACGCAGUGUGUGAGUUCUACAGUUUAAAGGCUGAAAACUUCACCGUGUCUUUCUCGGACGGCCGUGUCCUUUGCUAUCUUAUCCAUCAUUACCACCCCGGCCAUCUCCCGGCAGAGAACAUUCGACACAAAACGACACAGACCAUAGAAUGCGGUCACCGUGGAAAAGUGGAGCUCAAUAUCUCCACGAGCGAUUCAGACUGCUCCUUUGAUGGCUACCUUUCAAUGCAAGAUUCUCCAUCGCUGGACUUCAAAGAGCUUCUAGAGAACGAGAGAAGUAACUUUCAGUUGGUGAACACAGCCGUGUCUUAUCUUGGAGGAGUUCCUGCCAUGAUAAAUCCAGAGGACAUGUCCAACACAAUUCCAAAUGAAAAGGUGGUCACAUGUUACCUCUCCUUUCUUUGUGCUCGUCUCUUGGAUCUCCGCAACGAAACGAGAGCGGCACGGGUCAUCCAAGAUGCAUGGAGAAGAUACAAGCUACAGAAGGACAUUGAGCUUAAUAGGCAAAAGAACCUGGCUGCGGCUAAAAUCCAGGCCCUCGUUCGGAGGUUUAUUCUGAAGAGGCGGCUGAUCCGACAGAAUAAGGCAGCAAUCUUGAUCCAGACGUCCUGGAGGGGACACGCUGCACGUGAAACAUUGAGAAUGUUGAAACAAGAACAACUGUUAGCUCUUCAAAAUGCAGCUGCAGCUGUUAUUCAGAAAACUUACAAAGCUUGGAGGGAUCGAGCUCUCCUCAGGAAAAAUCAUGCUGCCUCUCUAAUCCAAGCAGCUUUCCGGAAAUGGCAUGUGAAAAAAUUUACAGAAAGAAACAAUGCCGCCAUACGGAUUCAGUCGUGGUACAGAAUGCAGCGUUGUAAAAAACAAUACAUGGAGAUGAAAAUGAAAGCAAUCUGUAUUCAAGCAAUGUUGAGAGGUCACCAUCAAAGACUCAAGUUUAAGACAUUGAGGAAGAGAAAUCAUGCUUCAGUGAUCAUUCAAAGCGCAUUCCGAGCUUAUCUUGUCAGACGACAGAUAUUUAAGAUGGAACAAAAUGCAGUUUUGAUUCAGAGGUGGUUCAGAGCUUGCGUCCUACGGAAAGCAGUGCGCAAGAGGUACUUGAAGAUUAAAUCAGCCGUUAUUACCCUGCAAGCAGCUUUCUGUGGAUGGAAGGUCCGUCGAGAACUGGCUCAACGCCGCCAAGCUGCACUUCAGAUUCAAACUGCUUUCAGAAGGUUUUCGGCUCGGAAGAGCUUUAGGUGUUUGAAAAGAUCAGUCAUUAUUCUUCAGCAGCGAUACAGAGCUAACGUUCUUGGAAACAAGUUAAGAUUUGAAUACGAUGCUCUUAAAGUUGCUUCACUGACCAUUCAGGCAGCCUGGAGAGGAAGAACUGUGAGAAGGAAGAUACGUCAUCUACACAGGUGUGCUGAAAUCAUUCAGUCACACUAUCGUCGAUAUGUGGUGCAGACACAGUUUAUGAAAUUGAAACGGGCUGCUGUUGUCAUUCAAAGACAAUGUAGAGCUUUCAGAGAAGGAAAGAAAGCAUACGGUGAAUACAUCGAAAUGAAAAAAGCGGCCAUCGUGUUUCAGAGUGCUUAUCGUGGCAGAAAAGCAAGAAAAGAGAUCCAGCUGCAAACCCAAGCAGCCAUUUUGAUUCAGUCAAGUGUGAGGGGUUACAUUUGCCGUCGUGCUUUUUUAUCUCAAAAAUGUUCUGCCGUUGUCAUUCAGCAACGCUAUCGGGCUUUUGCACUCGGAAAGGCUCAAAGACUCUGUUACUUGCAGCUGAGGCAGUCAACUACAACGCUACAGGCUAUAUAUCGCGGCUCCAAAAUCAGACGACAACUAAGACGAGAGCAGCAAGCUGCAACUAUUAUCCAAGCUCAGUUCCGAAUGCAUAAAGUACGGAUUUCUUUUCUUGCUGCAAAGUAUGCAGCUAUCAUUAUACAGCAGCGAUUCAGAGCCUACAAAACUGGCAAAUCUGUGCAAGACUCUUACUCGCAGAUGAAAAAUGCUACUGUAGUCAUUCAGUCAGCGUUCAGAGGAAUGAAAGUUCGCAGUCGCUUGCGAAAAUCGCACCAAGCUGCGACAGUUAUUCAGGCGCAUUUCCGUGGCCAUUUGCAGAGCAAAAAGUUUCAGAAACAACAGUGGGCCGCAUCCGUACUACGGGAGCGAUACAGAGCUAAAGUUCUUGGAAACAAGUUGAGACUUGAAUACGAUGCUCUUAAAGUUGCUUCAGUGACAAUGCAGGCAGCCUGGAGAGGAAGAACUGUGAGAAAGAAGAUACGUCAUCUUCACAGGUGUGCGGAAAUCAUUCAGUCACACUAUCGUCGAUAUGUGGUGCAGACACAGUUUAUGAAAUUGAAACGGGCUGCUGUUGUCAUUCAAAGACAAUGUAGAGCUUUCAGAGAAGAAAAGAAAGCAUACGGUGAAUACAUCGAAAUGAAAAGAGCGGCCAUUGUGCUCCAGAGUGCUUAUCGUGGCAGAAAAGCUAGAAAAGAGAUUCAGCGGCAAACCCAAGCAGCCAUUUUGAUACAGUCAAGUGUGAGGGGUUACAUUUGCCGAUGGGCAUUUUUAUCUCAAAAGUUCUCUGCUGUUGUCAUUCAGCAACGCUAUCGGGCUUUUGCACUCGGACAGUCUCAAAGAGUCUGUUACCUGCAGCUGAGGCAGUCAACUAUAAUGCUACAGGCUAUAUAUCGUGGCUCCAAAAUCAGACGACAACUAAGACGGGAACAGCAAGCUGCAACUAUUAUCCAAACUCAGUUCCGAAUGCAUAAAGUACGGAUUUCUUUUCUUGCUGCAAAGUAUGCAGCUAUCAUUAUACAGCAGCGAUACAGAGCCUACAAAACUGGCAAAUCUGUGCAAGACUCUUAUUCGCAGAUUAAAAAUGCUACUGUAGUCAUUCAGUCAGCGUUCAGAGGAAUGAAAGUACGCAAGCGCUUGCGAAAUUUGCACCAAGCUGCGACAGUUUUUCAAGCCCAUUUCCGUGGCCAGUUGCAACGCAAAAAGUUCCAGAAACAACAGUGGGCCGCGUCCGUACUGCGGGAGCGAUUCAGGGCAACCUUAGCAAGAAAUGAUGCAGUGAAGAGAUACGCAGCCAUGAAAAGAGCUGCUCUGUGUAUCCAGUCAGCGUUCCGUGGAAUGAAGAUCAGAAAGCAGAUUGCAGAAUGCCACAAAUCUGCCAUAAUAGUCCAAAAGACAUACAAAGCAUACAAGCAACGACGUAAUUAUGUUUCCCUCAGAAAUGCAACCCUGCGUGUUCAGCAACAGUACAGAGCGAUUUUAAGUGCAAAGCAACAACGUAAUAGUUAUUGCGCAUUGCGAACAGCUGCCAUCACUUUGCAGUCUGCGUUCAGGGGAAUGAGAAUAAGAAAAGAGAUACGCAAAAGACACAAAUCGGCAACCGUGAUUCAGGCGUGGUUAAGAACGUACAGAACCAGAGUGACCUUCCAAGCCAUGAGACUGGCUGCGUUGGCCAUACAGAGACAAUACAGGUGUCAUUUACUGAGAAAAGAGGCACGUGUUAACUUCUUGAGGCUGCGGCGUAGUGCAACAACAAUUCAGGCGAUUUACAGAGGGAAUCGAACACGUCGCAAUAUUGCUACAAUGCAUCACUCCGCCACAAUCAUUCAAAGAAGGUUCCUUGCUUACAAAACAAGAAAGUGCUUUUUGUCCAUCCGAGCUGCUGUAGUAGUCUGUCAGCGAUACUAUCGGUCUGCUUUGGCUGCAAGGAGUGAUCGGAGAAAUUACCUAGCUAAAUAUCAGGCUGUUGUUAAAAUCCAAGCAGGUUUCAGAGGAAUGCAGGUCCGCAGACAAAUCAACAGAGAGCAUGUGGCCGCUGUGCUCAUUCAGUCCCACGUGAGGAAGCGUAUUGUCAAUUUGCGCUUCCAGAGACUUCAAAGGGCAGUUGAAACUGUUCAGCAACGUUUCAGAGCUAUUCAAAUGGUGAGGCGUGAGAUGGAAGUGCUGAAGGAAAAGAAGAACGCAGCUUUGAUUCUGCAAUCUGCAUAUCGUGGCAUGAAGUCCAGACAAACUUUUAAGCGAAUGCAUGAGGCUGCUACCGUCAUUCAAUCUGCUUUUAGGGCAUGCAGCGCUCGCAAGCGGUACUUGGCCAUGAAAUACGCCGGCAUUGCCAUUCAACAAAGGUACCGUGCCAGACACGCUGCCAAGAUGCAGAGAAAGCGUUAUCUUAAAAUUCGUCAAGGUGCCAUUGCUCUUCAAGCAUGCUUUAGAGGCCGCAGAGUUAGGAGGAUGCUUCUGUUUCAGCAUCAGGCUGCUGUUUUGAUUCAGUCGUACUUUAGAAGACACAAAGAGAUGGUUAAGUUCCAAGCCAUGAGGUUGUCUGCAAACAUUAUCCAAAGCCAUUACAGGUCACACAUUCUAACCAAAGCGGAUCGUGAGAAGUUUCUACGUUUAAGAAAGUCUGCAGUAGUCAUUCAGGCAGCUUUUAGAGGACACUCUGUCAGAAGACAGUUAGCAGAAAUGCAAAGGGCGUCUAUCAUUUUACAGGCUGCCUUUCGAAUGCACCAGCAAAGAUCUGCAUUUUGGAGACAGAUUUGGGCAGCAAGAGUACUCCAGCGGAGAUUCAGAGCUUUGAAGCUCAGAGAUGAGCAAUUGCAGAGAUACCAGGAGGUUAGGAAUGCCACCAUAUGCCUGCAGAAGUCCUUUAGAGCCAUGAAGGAAAGAAAACUGGUGAGGCGGACAAACGCUGCAAGAACCAUCCAAUCCUACCUGAGGAUGUCUCGCCAACGAAAACGAUUUUUAAAAGAGAAAGCUGCAGCGAUCGUGAUUCAGUCUGCGUACAAAGGCUAUCGCAGUAGAGUUCGACACACUAAGAUUCAAGAAAGCACGGCGUUCAUUCAAAAGUGGUAUAGAUCUCGUAAACAGGUCAACAAGGAGAGGAAUGGUUUCUUGGUUGUUAGACAAGCUACACUAACGUUGCAAUCUGCCCUGCGUGGAAUGCUUGCGAGGAGGCUCGCAAGAAGAAUAAAGGCUGCUAUCAAGAUCCAGUCUGUGUUACGUAUGCAUGUAUACCGUAGGCGCUAUGUGAGUCUCUGCUCAAGUGUGGUAAAGAUGCAAGCUCAUUACAGAAUGCUGGUGGCCCAACGAAGAUACCUUAGUUUGCAGGCUUCAGCGGUUACUCUCCAAAAGCAUUACAGGGCUCAGAGGGCAAAAACGGAACAGAGAUGUAGUUACCUCAAGACCAUUCAUCGCAUUAAAAUCGUUCAGGCCACAAUACGUGGCCACGUCGAGUACAGAAGAUUUCACAGAAAGAGAACAAGCGCCAUUACAAUUCAGGCACAUUACAGAGGAAUGUUAGAUAGACGCAUGUUCCAGCGACUCAAGCAAUCCAUUUGUGUUAUACAGAAACAUUACAGAGCCUUCAGACUCUGCCAGAAAGAGCGUGCACACUUCAAUCAGCUACGACAGUCUGCUGUUGUCAUACAAAGAGCAUUUCGGGCUUAUCAAACAAGACAACAUGCUGUCAAAGAACAAGCUGCCUGUAAAAUUCAGGCCUGGUACCGUGGAGGCCUUGCUAGGCGAAACUACAUCCUAAAACGGGCUGCUAUUACAACAAUCCAACGGUGUAUUCAAGCAAGACACCAACGUUCAAGAUUCCAGGUGAUCCAGCGCAGCGUCCGAAUCAUUCAGCAAAGAUGGAGGGAAACUCUGGAAGCCAGGAAACAACGAUCUGACUUCCUGAGGUUUAGAAAGUCUGUUAUAUUUAUCCAGGCUUUAUGGAGGGGAGUGCGUGUGAGAAAGUCCAUUCAAAUGCAAAUAAAGGCUGCUGUAAAGGUACAAUCAGCUUUCAGAGGCUUUACCAAAAGACGAGAUUAUAAACGGCAGAGAGCCGCCGCCGCAAUUCUGCAGCAACGUUUCCGUGCCUUGCAGUUAGCCAGAUCUGAACGGGAAAACCUCAGGAUGCGACAUGAUGCUGCUGUCCGUCUUCAGGCUGCGUGCCGUGGUUGGCUCGGAAGACGACAGAUAAAAGAAAAAGCACGCGCUUUGAGGCUUCUCCGCUUCACAGCUUCAGUGUUUCAUCAUCUCUGUGCAAUAAGGAUUCAGAGAGCUGUCCAUGGACACUGGGCUCUUGUAUCAGCCAAGAGGCAGAUGUCCGUGGUCCUUUACAUCCAGCAAUGUUUUAGGGCAAAGCUGCAAAGAAAGAAGUAUCUCAAAGAUAGACAAGACAUUAUUAAGACACAGAGAGCAGUGAGAACUUGGUUAAAUCGUCGAAACCAAGCAGCCACCACAAUUCAACUCGCAGUCAAACAGUUCCUUCUGAGCCGUCGCAAGGAAAGGAUGCAGCGUGGAAUAAUAAAAGCACAGGCACUCUGGAGGGGUCAUUGUUCAAGAAAGCUUAACGACACACACAAAGUCAUCUCCGUCAGGCGACGUUUCAGAGAAGUAAAUCGAAACCUAAAGGAAGAGGACAAACUGUGUAACAAGACCACGGCAGCGCUGAGCUAUCUGCUCGGAUAUCAAAACUAUGCGUACAUUCUCGCCGCCUUGAAACAUUUGGAAACGGCCACCAGGCUUUCUCCAAGGUGCUGCGAACGGCUCGUAGAAAGCGGUGUGACGCAUACCAUCUUUAUUUUGAUGAGGAGCUGUAACAGAAGCGUGCCUUCGAUGGAGAUCAUCACUUUAUCCAUACAAGUCCUUCUCAACUUAUCCAAAUACCACCGAACUAUUGAUGCAGUUUACGGUGUGGAGAACUCUGUAGAAACGCUGCUGGAUCUCCUGCAGAUCUACCGUGAGAAGGCUGGAGACAAGGUGGGAGAUAAAGGCGGAAGCAUCUUUACCAAGGCCUGUUUUCUUCUGGUUCUCUUAGUCCAGGAUGAAAGGAGAGCAAUGGAAGUACGGAAGCUUCCCAAGGCUUCAGAUCGCAUUCGCAGCAUCUGUCGUCUCACGCUUCGAAAAUGCAAGAUGGAUUCUGAGAGAACCAAGGUCAAACAGAAGAUGAACGCCUCGCUUAACGGAAGUUUCCUUCUCCAAGCUACUCCUCGGAAAUCAAAACCUGUGCCCAGGUUUGUGCCAGACUGGGUCUUGCGGCGUGACAAAAUGAAGGACAUUGUGGACCCUCUGCGUGCUAUUCAAAUGCUGGCAAAUGCUCUGGCUCUAGUGCCUUGAAAAUAUUUGCAAAGCUGUGUGUUGACAGUGUAAACUGAGCGUUUCACCACAUUGACCUUGUAAAUAUUUUGUAAUGUAUAUAUUUUUAAUACCUUGUUGUACCUCUCAAAUGCUUCUUGUGGAUUUGUUUUAUUAAUGCAUAUGUACAGUAUGUAUAGUCUCUGUUGAGACUUCAUAUUAUGUUGCUUUGAAUGCUGUAAAUAGGUGGUUUAGGUUGGGAUUGGUUUAAUUUUUGUAUGCGCUGUAAUUGAACAUUAAAAUAGUGCCACAACUUUU